UGGGAAGCGGCCGCGCUGCGCGGGCGAGUCGUUGGUCGUCGGGUAAGAGGUUGGCGCCGGAACCGGGGAUUUAAGACGAGUGCUGUAUACAGCCGCGGUACACGGGCCCGCCAAGUGAGCGCGGGGCUACGGGAGCCUGGAGGGUUGGCCGGCCUCCGGGCGGCCCCGGGGUGGUCAUUCCCUCCCUCAAGUGACUGUCUUUGGUGUGUGACCUGUGGUAUGUGGGCACGAUGGAUCUGGCUUAUGUCUGCGAGUGGGAGAAAUGGCCCAAGAGCACCCACUGCCCGUCAGUGCCCCUGGCCUGUGCUUGGUCCUGCCGCAACCUCAUCGCCUUUACCACAGACCUCCGGAACGAUGACCAGGACUGUAUCCCAUCCCCUGCAGACCUGACCCGCCUGAUCCACAUCCUAGACACGGAGCAUCCCUGGGAUGUGCAUUCCAUCAACUCGGGGCACAGUGAGGCCAUCACCUGCCUCGAGUGGGAUCAGUCAGGCUCCCGGCUCCUGUCAGCUGAUGCCAAUGGACAGAUCAAGUGCUGGAGUAUGGCAGACCACCUGGCCAACAGCUGGGAGAGCUCUGUGGGCAGCCUGGUGGAAGGGGACCCCAUCGUGGCCCUGUCCUGGCUGCAUAACGGUGUGAAGCUGGCACUGCACGUGGAAAAGUCAGGAGUCUCCAGCUUCGGGGAGAAGUUCUCCCGUGUCAAGUUCUCUCCAUCGCUCACACUGUUCGGGGGCAAGCCCAUGGAGGGCUGGAUUGCAGUGACGGUCAGCGGCCUGGUCACCGUGUCCCUACUCAAGCCUAGCGGGCAGGUGCUGACAUCGACGGAGAGCCUGUGCCGGCUGCGCGGCCGCGUGGCCCUGGCUGACAUUGCCUUCACUGGUGGCGGUAAUAUCGUGGUGGCCACGGCAGACGGCAGCAGUGCCUGUCCUGUGCAGUUCUACAAGGUGUGCGUGGGCGUGGUCAGCGAGAAGUGCCGCGUGGACACUGAGAUCCUGCCCUCGCUGUUCAUGCGCUGCACCACCGACCCCAACCGCAAGGCCAGGUUCCCUGCCGUCACCCACCUCAAGUUUCUGGCCCGCGACAUGUCAGAGCAGGUGCUCCUGUGCGCGUCCAGCCAGACAAGCAGCAUUGUGGAGUGCUGGUCCCUGCGGAAAGAGGGGCUCCCUGUGAACAACAUCUUCCAGCAGAUCUCUCCUGUGGUUGGCGACAAGCAGCCCAUGAUUCUCAAAUGGCGGAUCUUGUCGGCCACCAAUGACCUGGACCGAGUGUCUGCCGUGGCGCUGCCCAAGCUGCCCAUCUCGCUCACCAACACUGAUCUGAAGGUGGCCAGCGACACGCAGUUCUACCCUGGCCUUGGGCUGGCCCUGGCCUUCCAUGAUGGCAGCGUUCACAUCGUACACCGGUUGUCACUGCAGACCAUGGCUGUCUUCUACAGCUCUGUGGCCACACGUGCUGUGGACGAGCCGGCCAUCAAGCGCCCUCGGACCACGGGCUCUGCCAUCCACUUUAAGGCCAUGCAGCUCUCCUGGACCUCUCUGGCCCUCGUGGGCAUUGACAACCACGGGAAGCUGAGCAUGCUUCGCAUCUCGCCCUCCAUGGGCCACACGCUGGACAUGGGCCUGGCCCUGCGGCACCUGCUUUUCCUGCUGGAGUACUGCAUGGUGACUGGCUAUGACUGGUGGGACAUCCUGCUGCAUGUGCAGCCUGCCAUGGUGCAGAACUUGGUGGACAGGCUGCACGAGGAGUACACGCGCCAGAGUGCCACCUUGCAGCAGGUCCUCUCCACCCGGAUCCUGGCCAUGAAGGCCUCACUAUGCAAGCUGUCACCCUGCACAGUGACUCGCGUGUGUGACUACCACACCAAGCUCUUCCUCAUCGCUGUCAGCUCCAUGCUCAAGUCCCUGCUGCGUCCUCAUAUCCUUAACACGCCCGACAAGAGUCCCGGCGACCGGCUGACUGAGAUCUGUGCCAAGAUCACAGAUGCCGACAUCGACAAGGUCAUGAUCAACCUCAAGACGGAGGAGUUUGUGCUGGAUAUGAACACACUGCAGGCGCUACAGCAGCUCCUGCAGUGGGUGGGCGACUUCGUGCUCUACCUGCUGGCUAGCCUGCCCAACCAGGGCUCCCCGCUGCGGCCUGGCCACAGCUUCCUGCGGGACGGCACCUCACUGGGCAUGCUGCGGGAGCUGAUGGUCGUCAUCCGCAUCUGGGGCCUGCUGAAGCCCAGUUGCCUGCCUGUGUACACGGCCACCUCCGACACCCAGGACAGCAUGUCCCUGCUUUUCCGCCUGCUCACCAAGCUCUGGAUCUGCUGCCGUGAUGAGGGCCCCACGAGCGAACCAGAUGAGGCACUCAUUGAUGAGUGCUGCCUGCUACCCAGCCAGCUGCUCAUCCCAAGCCUGGACUGGCUGCCGGUCAGUGACGGCCUGGUCAGCCGCUUGCAGCCCAAGCAGCCUCUGCGGCUGCACUUUGGCAAGGCUCCUGCUCUGCCUGGCAGCGCCACCACCUUGCAGCUGGAUGGCCUCAUCAGGUGCAUGUCCUCUGCCUUGGGCCCUUUGCAUGUUUCUUCCAAGAGGUUCCCCCCAAAACUACUUGACUCUCCUUCAUGCCUCUGCCUCGGGGCCUUUCCACAUGCUGUACCUGCUGCUUCCUUCUGUCCCCUAGAGACGUCCAUCACUCAGUUACUGAAUCGCCCCCGCCUCCCAGUACCUGUCUCUUCCCUCCACUGUCACCUUGGUCUUGACUGAUUUGUGCACUUUGGGUAUGUAUGUAAUGUCUUCCCCGUGGUCUGUCACACUCAGUUUGCAGUGCCCAUGUGGCUGACCUUGGUUUCUCAUGCUCCAGCCCCUGCAGAGGUCAAGCUGAUACCACGUGGUCCGAGCUCCUCACUAUAAACCACACCCAGCCUGGCCCCAGGCCCCCAGUAGAUAAAACACUCAGGCAGGACCUUCACAGGGCUGAGGGGACCUCUGGCAGUCAGGGGCCAGCCCUGUCUUUGGAAAUGCGGGGUCUUGACAGCCCAAACCUGCUGAAUUUAGCCCUUUACUGCUCACAGCACCAUGGGGUGGGAUUUUGUCCCCAUCUCACGGGCAAGUGAACACCUCAGACGGGUGCAGUCACUGAGCCAAGGUCAGAACCAGGAGGCACCUUGGUGGCAAUCCCAACCAGGACCAUCAGGCUCCCACCCCCACUUGAUGCUCGUUGGGUAAAGAGAGACACGUGACUCCCCACGUGGCCUGUUCCUUUGGGUGGGAAUUUCAGAAAACAAUGAGCAGAAGGAAAAGCAGUCCCACCUCCAGGCCCUCCCAGCUCUUCUUCCUUAUGUCAUGGAAGCCUGAUGAAUCACAGGCUUCCCUCUGUGUCUGCUUUCAGAACAGACUUCAUGAAUGAUGAGGCCAGUCACGGGAAGCUUUUUUUUUUUUUUUAAAGAUUUUUUAUUGGGGAA